GAAAAUAUACAGCGUUUUAAUUCAUGUUGUAUACAGAUAGACAGCGUAGAUUCAUUUGCAGCAAAUAACAUAUCCUGCGUAAGCGUACAUAAAAUCAACGGAGCAGUUAUUCAACUAAAGGUCAUCGAUAUUACGCAUCAACGAGUGGACCUCAUCGCAUGCCCGAAUGACCCACACAUGACCUUCAAAGGAAGAAUUUCAGAACAAAUAGCUAAAGCUGGAGGACCUACAAUUAAAAAUAAAGGUCAAGAGUAUGUCAAUGCAAAGGGGCCAGUCGAAGAAGGUAAUGCUGUAGAAGGUGAUUCCGGAAAACUUCACUGUACAAUCAUUGUGCAUGUCGUGCCACCAAAGUGGAAAGAUGGUAAUACAAAUGAGAAAGGACUGAUGAUUAAAGCCAUUAAAUCAGUUCUUCAGAUUACGAGUAACAAAGGCCUUGUUUCCGUUGGACUACCGCCACUCUGGUGUGACAGGUAUCCAGUCUUGGAUGGCGUGGCACAUGUUGUGGAAGCAGUUACUGAAUUCCUGGAACAGAAUCCGAAGACAAGCGUUAAGGAGGUAAUAUUUUGCACACAGAAUGAUAACUUUGUCGAAGUCUACACUAAGUGUAUGGGAGCGUUGAAAGAGACAUGGUUCACCCUUCAAGGAAGGCGACCAGUACAAACAGAAUUGAUCGAUUCCACUGCCACCUCAACAGAAGACCAACCAGCGGUUAAUACCAAUGUCGUUAUAAAGUUAGACAACUCGCUGUUUUGGACCAGGCGACCUCUAAAACCGAAACGAUGGACAAACAGAGGAGGGGAGAUUCAUGGGGAUCUUCCAAUUCAAACUGACGAAUAUUCUCAUGGUUUGCCGUUUAAAAUACAUGUAACAGAGCGUACAACCCUACAUAUUGUCACCGGUGAUGUAACUCAACAACAGGCGGAUGUGAUUGUGAACGUCUGCGAUUCUUAUCCAACUAAACGUGGAAGAUUGUCCACAGACAUCAUUCGAGCUGGAAAUAUUAUGCAAGAAUGGACAAAUCUAGGAAGUCUUGAGUUUGGCGAGGUAAAGAGCACAGGGGCUGGAAAAGGUAGCCUUAGGUCUAAAUGCGUGUAUCACGUUAUUGGACCUUCAAAAGAGUGUGACUUUGUUACGAACUUGAAAACGAUUGCUGAUCUUGUCAGAGGUUGCCUCGAGAAAACCGUACAAGACGGGUACACUUCCAUUGUGUUCCCAGUGCUUAACCAAGGAAGAUUGAGAGCCGACAAAGUGGCUGAAGCUAUGGUGAAAGCAGUUGUCCAGUUUUGUAAUAAACCGCACGAAAACAUAUCGGAUAUAUUGAUUGUCAUAUAUUACACUGACAAAUUUACUGAGAAUGUAUUUGAACAAACAAUUCCAACACUGCUGCAAAUUGCUAUGCCUACAGAAGCCAAUGAAUCUAAUCUACCAGUAGUAGGAAGGAGGACGGCUGUAUACGUCGAGCGAAACACUUUGGAGCACACAGACGCCGACGACAUCGCGGUGUUCAAAAUAGUUGCCAAGGGCAACAUUCAACAAAUAAUGACACAAAUUAAAGAUUGCAUCGAAGUCGAAAUCCCGUCGGAAGAGUUUACUCCUGACCAGCCAUUGUCAGUUAAGGAAGAAUCAUGUUUGAAGACACUGGAGAAGAAGCACAUUGUAGACGUUGACGUUGACAAAAACACAAAACGAAUUCUGGUUACUGGUCUGAGGAAAAAUGUUGAACGAUGCAAGCUAGAGGUCAUGCAGUUGUUAUUCAAGGACUUCCCACUAUGGAGAUAUAGAGAACAUCUUAUGGAAUCAGUCGCUCAUAGUGUGCAGUGGUACUACGAAGAAGGUGGCGUUAAGAAAGAACACGACAGGGCAUCAAACUUUGAGCUUCAGUACGGUUUAACUGUAGGAAAGGAUUUUACCUAUACGUGCAAUGGCGUUCGAUUCAGGGUGGAUUUGCAGAGACAGAGAGAAUGCCCUGAAGAAAAUCCAGGCCAAUACAGACAACUUUAUCAGAGAUUCCUAGCACUUCAAAGAAUUGAAAUACCAGAAAAUUGGUCAAUUGCAUGGUCACAAGAGACAGAUCAAGCAAGAGUUCAACUCAGUCCGUCCGAUCAAGAAUUUAUUGACGUGAAAGUGAAGAUUUUGAAAGAUGGACUCCAACCAAACACAAUCAUCAAUAUCUUCAGGUUGGAGCACAGAUAUAUGUGGCUGACAUAUCAAGCUAAAAAACAGCACAUCGAGUCACAAAAUCCGAGGGGAGUAAAGAAUCAGAGGUCACUGUGGCAUGGUACAGACAGCGGGACAGUAGAUCUGAUCGUUAAAAAUGGAUAUGACCGAAGUUUCUGUGGAAGAAAUGCGACAGCGUAUGGAAAUGGCGCAUAUUUCGCAACAUCUUCAAAGUACUCCAAUGGAUACGCUGUUGCCGAUGCCUCUGGGGUGUGUCGAAUGUUCUUAAACAAGGUCUUAACUGGCGAAUAUACCGCCGGAGCCAAUGGAAUGAGCUGCCUUCCCCAGAAAACAACAUUACAUGGCAUUCCUGUAUUAUUUGAUAGCGCUGUAGACCGCGUUGGAAAUCCGACAAUGUUCAUUAUAUUUCAUGAUUCCCAGGUGUAUCCGGAAUAUUUGAUAGAAUACAAUUAGUCUAGUGAAAUUAAAAACGUACUCGAUGAAAUACGUCAUAUAUUUUUUCUUUGUAUAUUCUUGUUAAUUCACAUUACAAACCUCUCGUAACACUUGUAUAAUCAAAAAAAAUUUCAAAGUUUGUCUUUUUAAAUACAUUAUGAAUGCUGGAAAUAUGUAAAUUUACCUGUGGACUUUAAAAAAAAAGUCAUUUCUCAUAUAAUGUAUGUAAACUCAUAGAUUGUACUAUGCGAUCUAAAAUGUUAUAGUGUGACUGGUUUAUGUAUGUGUAUGAAAAUACUAAAAGUAUUAUUUAGACUGAUUUUUUACUGUUAAUCUAUCAUCACUUAUCAUUUUUUAUUAUCAUGUAUAAAAUGAGCAGAUAUUUGUAAUAAAGUUACUGUAUAUCUUGAAUUUAUUUUCAUAUAUGACUUAACAAAUCUUAAUGGAAAUGUUGUCGGUAUGUGUAAAGAUGCCUAUUUAUGAAUAUAAAUCAUCUGUAUCUGUGAUUUUUAUUGAGAAAACUCUUUAAAACAUGUUUUUCUUUACUUGAAAGUAGGUAUUUUAAUCGGUUUUGGACUAUAUAACUUUUUAAUAUUGAAUACGAUAUCGAAAAUUUGGUUACAUUUACACUUAAGGUUUCAUAGUAUUACAUAUUGUGUGAAACAUUUAAGCUUGAAUGUCCAUUUGCUUGAUCAUUCCAGGUAGAAUUUAUGUUUUGUGUGACGUUUGCAACGAUUAAAGCGUUGUGCUUUUGUUAACUUAAGUUACAUUUUUGCAGUUAUUUUGAUGUCAAUAGUUUAAAUGUUUACGGUAUACAUUUAUCAUUAAAACCUGUUAAUAUUGAUCACUUUGCAAUAAUUGAAAAUAUAUGAAGUACUAUUAUACAUUCGCCAACAACGAAGAUAUUUCCAUACAUAAUAGUUCAUGUGGUAUACUUUAUUAAUUAUUUAAUAUAUAUUUGUAAUAUCAUAUUAUAUUCAUGUGAAUAUAUUUUAGCUAAGUGUCAUUUUUAAUGUUUUUCAUGUUUAUGCAUAUUUAUAUAUGUUCGUAAAACAUGUUUUUCUGAUGCAAAAUCAUGUUAUGUGUCGUUGUUAUGACAUUUGGUAAAUGACGUCAUGUAUCGUUCUAAUUUCUUGGUCAUUAUUUUUGGUCGGUCACGUGACUGAACAAUUUUGGUCAUCAAUAUUGAACAAUAAGUCAAAAUAGUGGACAGUUGAGCUUAAGUCAAGAUCUAGGAUAGAGGUAAUUUUUGUCGAGAGUCAUUCAUUUUUGGAAGUAAAUACCUUUAAGUCGAAAACACAUACGUUUUAUAGUAAUAAUCCAUUGUUAUGAAGAUUGUUUACAUAAAGUAACUCUGCUUUUGGAAACGUUUUUAACACCUUUAUUGCAUUAUUUACAUAAAUUCUGAAAGAACGCAGAACUGUCUGAUUGUGCGUCACAUGUGUAAAUCCGUGUAAACACUACCCAAGUAUAAUUACCGGGAAGCUGGCGGUUAGGAAUAACUUACAUUGUGUUGCUCUCUAACGGUUGUUUAUUGCGAAUAUUUAUCUUCACACGAAUAAAUAAUUGUUUGAACAUUUA